AGUCACCAUGAGCACUACCACAAAGUCCAACCCUCCCAGACCGCGCACCCUACGCAGGUUGUCCAGCGAGGAUGCCACAGCAGACCUUCUUUCGCGUGGUCCCGCCAUUGUCGUGCCUCCCCAUCUCGUUGACCAGGAAGCCAACGACAUUGCGGCUUCCAUGGAAUUGGCCAGACAAGAGAUUGAAGCAAUCACUCCUCUCGAGGAUUCCGACACACCGAAAGAGUCGAGUGUCACCGACAGAUAUGCAUACGCCUUCGAUAUCGAUGGUGUUUUGAUCCGUGGUGGACGUCCUAUUCCCGAGGCUGUCGAAGCCAUGAAGGUGCUCAACGGUCAAAAUCAGUAUGGAAUCAAGAUGUUUUCAAUACUGACCUCUGCAGUCNCCUACAUUUUCCUCACCAACGGUGGUGGCAAGACUGAGCAGGAGAGAUGCAUUCAGCUCAGCAAACAGCUCGACAUUGAGGUCUCACCCGGUCAGUUCAUUUGCGGCCACACACCCAUGAAGGAGAUGGCCGACAAGUACAACACCGUCCUCGUUAUUGGUGGCGAGGGUGACAAGUGCCGUCAAGUCGCCGAGGGCUACGGCUUCAAGGACGUCGUCACUCCUGGAGACAUCAUCAAGCACAACCCCGACACGACACCUUUCCGUACCAUGACCGCGGAGGAUCUGAAGCACUCCCGUGAUCGCGACUUCACCAACGUCAAGAUUGAGGCCAUUUUCGUCUUCGCCGACAGCCGCGAUUGGGCUGGUGACCAACAGAUCAUUCUUGAUCUCCUCAUGUCCAAGGGUGGUGUCGUCGGCACCCGCUCCGAGACUCUGGACGAGGGUCCCCCUGUCUUCUUCUCCCACAACGAUGUCAUCUGGUCAGCAUCUCACGAACACACCCGUCUCGGUAUGGGUGCUCUCCGUGUCUCCCUCGAGGCUAUGUACAAGGCCGUCACUGGCAAAGAUCUAGAGACAGUUGCCUUCGGCAAGCCUCAGAUUGGUACUUUCCAGUUCGCCACUCGUCUUCUACAGCACUGGCGCAAGUACACCCACGGUAUUGACUCUCCACCGGAGACCAUCUACUUCGUUGGUGACACUCCCGAGUCCGACAUUCGCGGAACCAAUGAGUUCAACAAGGUCGCCAAACAGAACUGGUACUCUAUCUUGGUCGAGACUGGUGUAUACCAACAGGGCACUACUCCUCGCUUCGAGCCCAAGGCCACCGUUCCCAACGUCUUGGACGCUGUCAUGCACGGUAUCGAGCGUGAACGCCAGAAGCAACUCCGCGAAAUCAUCGGCGUUACCAAGAGCCUGGAGGGAUCUGCCAUCUCGGACACCCCCAACCCUUCUCGUCCCUCGACUCCUCCCGGUACCAAGAAC